UUAUACCCGACUGCACGCGCAUAGAGACGCUCAAGUCGCGUCGCGUUUGAGCAUAUAAUUCAUAAUUGGAGUAUUAUAAGUAGCAAGAGUUGGCAGCUGAAAACUAAAAUAAAAACAAAUAUAAAUAAAACUUUUUGUACUUGCACACCUGCGCGCGCGGUCACUUCCGUCUUGCGACAAACACGCCUUUGAAAUACACAGAUAAAUUGCAUAAACAUAUACACACACACACAGUGAUGACCUGGUUUAGUGGCGUAACUGCGUCGUAUGACAGCAACUUCCGGUGUAAACGGAUGUUACACGGCUAUUUGUUUUUGGCAUGUGCUUUACUGCUGAUUGCGGUGCCGGUGCCGGUGAAUGCACGUCCCAAGGAGACGACAGGCGAUGUUAUCAUACCUCUGGACGACGCUGGGCUGGCGUUGAGCGAGGAAUAUGGCGAUGUGGAUAAUAUUGAGUUCCACCAUGCCAAAAUGGUCGAUGGCGUGCUGCAGGAAGAUCACCCGGUUAUAAUGUAUAAAGAGGAUUUCGUGAGCGAAGAUUUUGUGCCGAAAAAGAAUAACACACAUCGCUUGCGUAAGCACAAAGAUCCGGCGCAUCGACGCCGUCGCAUCAACGAUCAAUCCAACACUGAGCAGUAUCAUCCAUUGCAACCGGAGAAAAUCUAUUUCGAUAUAUUAUCCUCAGCACCGAUUGUUACUUCCGAUGAGUCAAAGUCUGCCAAUUCGAAGGCACAUGUAGAGGUCAUUUCUCUGGCCGAUGCUGAUGCCAAGCUGGUGGAUGGCGAAGAGGAAGCGAAGCGCCUGCUCAAUAAACGCCCCAAAAAAUUCCAGCAUCAUCGCCAACGUCGCGAUACAGACAGAAUUUGGCACCGUGAACAUCUAGUGCAGAAACGUCAUCAAAAUCCGUAUUAUCGCUUCAAAGGUGCAAAUUCGAUCAGUUCAUACCCUGUAGUACCCAACUACUACUUACCGAGCUAUGAGCCGGUGAAGCGUUAUCAAAAACAACCUGUUGCCGGCGACUUCUAUAACGGCCCUGUUAGCACGUUGCCUAAAAUUACGGUUAAUACUCGUUUUGGCGGCGAAGACAACACGGAUCGCGUGAUUUGGCGCGACUAUACGCCAACCAGAAAUCCCAAUAAACGCUUGAAUAUCACUGUGGGCACACCCAGGCCACUGUUUUCACGUCGCACGGAAUCACCCCUUUCAGCUGUACCCCCAAGAGACGAGACAGGAGCAGCAAGUAAUUCAGGGCCUGUUCGUAGUCCCGUCGUAACGGAAGCGCCCAUCUUUCAACUGCCCGCAGCCCCGUCCACACGCCCGCCUCGCCCGCCACCGCCGACACCGUCAACAGCAUCCCCCUCCACCGCCUGCGUGUGGGCCAUAGCCAGCUGUUGCGCGCCCAACGACUCCGAAGUGCGGUACGGCUGCUUCCAGCGCUAUGGUUGUAAUUUAGUCUUUUGGAAUUUGAAUCCCUGUGCGGACAAUAUACGCGACAAUGUCAUCGACUAUCUGAGCAAACAGUUCGAUUAGAGCGCAGCAUGUCGCAUGUAAUGCAGUUACUAGUAUUUAAAAUUGUCACAAAGCAUUUAUUAACCAUAGCUUAGUUUGUAAGUUUAAGUUAUUGUAUGCCGUUUUUCUUUUGUUUUUAUUUUUUAAUAUACCGUUUUUAAUGAUGCUGUAUUUUUUAUAAAAAAAAGGAUUUAAUUUAAAAUUGCUAACGAUUUUAUGCCUUAAUUUAAGCAACUAUACUUACAGAGUUUGUGUAAUUGCUUGUUUGUACUCUGUUAAACUAAGAAGCAUUAAAC